AUGGCGCCUCUGUGGCAGUGGAUGAUGGUCUGCCUGCCUCUCCUGUUGCUCGUCCUCCCCGCGGUCGAUGCCGGCCAUCCUGACUGGGAACAUGCGCGGUUUUCUACUCCCGACUGGAUUUCUAUCAGUCCUCACGCCAGCGAGAGUACCCUCUGGCCCGAGUCAACCAUUCCGCUAUGCUACGACAGCGAGGAGACGCAACACCGAUAUCAUGACCUCCUCUGGGCCGCGAUGCGAUUGUGGUAUGCCGCCGGCUUGUCCGAGCGUUUCCGACUGCUGGAAAUCAAUCGACUGAGUUGUAUCCAUCAUCCUUGGGAUUCCUUGUAUGUCGAGGAGACGCGUGACGUCAUAUCCAGCGAUGUCGGCCUGCCAAUCGCCAGCAUGAUGGAUGUUCCCGACGCGCCCCCUCUCGAGAAACCCAAGAUAAUGGUGCACACGAAACCCGAUGUGGUGUGGACGGUCAUGACGAUUGCUCACGAGUUGGGACAUGCUUUCGGACUCUUACACGAGCACCAGAAUCCCUCAUUUUGGGGCCCGGAUUCCAGCGAUAUGGUGUUUCGCUUCAACUGUGACAACCUCCGGGAUUUCGAGGAGGUCACCAAGGAUUUGGACGCGGAGCAAGUCUGGGGAAAAGGUGGUGUCUGUAAAGACAGGGAAGCGGCAUCGAACAUUGGCUUUAGCGCUCUCAAUUUUCUUCCAGAGAAGGUCUCCGAGGUGUACUCACCCCACCCAUACGCGGGGCACCCCGGCCUGGUCGAUUGGGACUCUAUUAUGCUAUACAGUCCGCUUACGGGUAGUAAACAUGCAAAGCAGCCAGUCCUUACAAAAUGGGAUUACUCUACAUGGCAUGAGAACCUGACCCCCAGUCGAAAGGAUGUGGCCGGGUUGAAGUUCAUUUAUGGUACCCCGUGGGCCAGGGCAGCAGUGCCGUUUUGGAAUGAUAUUCGGAGCCCUCACUUUGCCAUGUUUCGAAAGUUCACUUCCUGCCACCGUUGA